AUGGCGACCGGAGCGUUGAAGGAGGUUUCGUCUGCGAGGUGUUUCGGCGGGCUCCAGAAGGUCUUCGAGCACGACAGCAGCGAGCUCAAGUGCCGUAUGCGGAUCGGCGUCUACCUCCCACCGCAGGUGGAGAGCGAAAAGGUCCCUGUUCUAUACUGGCUCUCCGGGCUCACGUGCACCGAUCAGAACUUCGUGGCGAAGGCAGGGGCUCAGCGAGUAGCCUCAUCCCUCGGUCUGCUGCUCGUUGCACCGGACACCAGCCCGCGAGGCUGCAACAUCGAAGGAGAGGACGAGUCGUGGGAUUUCGGUACGGGUGCGGGGUUCUACGUAAACGCAACGGAAGAGAAAUGGAAGAACAACUACCGAAUGUACUCGUACGUAACGUCCGAGCUACCCGAGUUGAUCCGGACGAAUUUCAGCGUCGUUCCGGACAAGCAGUCGAUUUUCGGACAUAGUAUGGGCGGGCACGGCGCGCUCAUCUGCGCGCUGAAGAAUCCAGGCGCAUACCGCUCCGUGUCCGCGUUCGCGCCGAUCUGCAACCCCGUCAACUGCCCGUGGGGACAGAAAGCGUUCUCCGGAUAUCUCGGUCCGGACCGCGAACAGUGGAAAGCCUGGGACGCCACAGAACUCGUAAAGAACUACAACGGCCCGAAUUUCUCGUACAUUUUGAUCGACCAGGGCAAAUCGGACUCUUUCCUCGGCGCGGGGCAGCUGCUCCGGAGAAUUUUGUUGCGAGUGCGAAGGAAGCCGGUGUGCCGGUUAUACUGA